CUGAAAGUUUUCCGUCGCGUUUUUUCAUUUUCUCUUAAGAAACAGACAGAAAAACCAAUUAAAAACGAAUAAAAAUAGUGAAUUUUAUUAUAAAAUAUUAAAUAUAUUUUUGUUAAAAUAAUUUAAAAUAUAAAUACAAAUUGUAAUUGUGUGUUUGAUUGAAAAUAAAACAGUUUGUUUUUCUGGAUGGAAAUUCUUGUAGAAAAAAUUUGACGUUCUUCGUGUUGAAAAAAAAAAAAAUUCUGUCAAACAGAAACACACCCCAAAUCGCAAAGAAACACAAAAAAAAAAAAAUCGAUUCGUUUUCAAAUUCCUUUUUUUUACAAAAAGUAACGAAUUCUUUUUAAUGAAUGCAUGGAAUUCGACAUAAUUCUUUAACCAAUUUACAAAAAAAAUACAAAUAAACCCCGAAAUGGCAAGUCACAAAAAUAUGCUUGAUCGCGAGGCAGUGCGUUCAGUCAUUCAACAAUGGAACGCAAAUCGCCUUGACUUAUUUGCUCUAUCCGAACCCGAUGAGAAUCUUCUAUUCCAUGGCGUUAUGCGUUUUUACUUUCAAGACGCUGGUCAAAAAGUUGCCACCAAAUGCAUUCGAGUUGCCUCCGAUGCAACUGUUGCCGAUGUAAUUGACAAUCUUAUUGAGAAAUUCCGUCCCGAUAUGCGAAUGUUAUCUGUCCCAAAUUACGCCCUCUAUGAAGUUCAUUCGAAUGGCGAUGAACGAAAGCUUAAUCGUGAUGAAAAGCCACUUUUAGUACAGUUGAAUUGGCAUAUCGAUGAUCGAGAGGGGCGGUUUUUACUUAAAAACAUUGAUCAAAAGACAGCUCCCAUUGAAAGUAACGACACUCAAUUCAAACGGAAAUUGUCGAAGCGUGAAAAGAAAGAACAAAAGAAAAAGGAAAAACUUCAAAGACAAAACUGGGAAUCGGUAAGAAAUACUGAAAACGAAACUCAUGUUGCAGGUAAAUUGUACACUGAAUUGCCAGAGACAUCAUUUACACGUUCCAUAUCAAAUCCUGAAGCGGUAAUGAGAAGAAGGCGUCAGCAGAAGCUUGAAAAGAAACUACAACAAUUUAGGUCAAAAGAUGGUGGUCCUGACACGGGUGGGACACUAAAAAUAUAUGGAGAAAGCUUAUGCCAGGAUGUUCCAUAUAAAACAUUGUUACUAUCGAUUCGAGAUUGUGCCCAAGCUGUAGUUAGAGAAAUGCUUUCCAAAUAUGGUUUAGACAAAACCGAUCCAUUGCAUUAUUGCCUGGUACAGGUUAACUGCGAUGGCACCGAGUAUAUUCUCGAUGAUGACGAGUGUCCAUUGUCGAUUUUGAUGAAUCAUCCAACAUCGAGAGGCUCGAUUAUGUUUCAUGUGAGACGUCGUCCAGCAGAUUCUCAGCCGAGAAGACGAAAAAAGAAACCAAAUGGCAAUAAUAGUACUUCUAGCGAUCGGGAGGGACCGGUUUUGGUAGAAGUCACACACAGUGGUGAUAGCGGGAGACGAAUUAAAUUGGGAUCUGAACCUAUUGAAGUGGGAUCUGCAAAUACCAAUUCCCUACAACUCUUUGGCCCUUCUAUACAAGCUAGACAUUGCUUGAUUUCGUUGUUAGAUGGAGUUUGCACUGUUACUCCCUUACAUGCUGAUGCCUUGACAUUUGUAAAUGGUCACCAUGUCACUCAGCCGACAAUUUUACACAACGGAUCAGUUGUUAUGAUUGGUCGUGUGGCAUCUUAUCGAUUUCUUGAUUCUCCAUCAGAUGGACGAUUCAAUUUAGCUCUGUCCCAAUCUCAAUUAGAUUCAGCAUGUCUUUACGAAAGUCGUUUACAAACAUUAUCACCAAUGUGGAAUAAAGAAGAUGGCAAUUCCAAUGCUAGCCAAACUACAGAAGUAGAAAGAGCUAGCAAUAGUAAUUUCAAUAACAACGGAAUGAUUGAUGAGUAUAAAAAACAAAUGACCAUUAGAUCGAUACAGAAACAUCCAAAAGAAUCUGAUCUUCAUCAUGAAACUGGUGGCGAACAAAGUUUAGAUUGUGAGACAAAAUCUAUAUCAAGUCUUAAAUCAGCUGAAUCACAAAAUCAUGAUUUAAGAUCACAAAAUAAAGUAACAAUGAUGGAGAAUCAAGGUCAGGAAUUGAUUCUUCCAGCUGUAUUGGAAUUUCCAGAAAAACAUCAAGAGCAGUUUUUGAAACAAAUUCUAACCGAUUUAGAUGUUAACUUACCACAUUUUAAACUUGCUCCAGUAUAUUCACUUUAUUUGUGUGCCAGAUAUCGUGCAUCGACACAUUAUAGACCAGAGCUUCAACCAACUGAACGGGCUCAUAAAUUGACAAUUUUUCUUCAUCAUGUUGCAAAUUUAAUAUAUUCUAUAAUUCAAGGACAAAAUACAAAUGCUCGAAUUUUAGCUUUCUGGAUGGCUAACAGUUCUGAAUUUCUUCAUUUUUUAAAAUCCGAUCGUCAUAUAAGUGCAUUUAGUAUACAAGCACAGGAAAUUCUAGCUGAAAGUGUACAAACUGCAUUUCAUAAUUUAGUUGAUUGCUUUCGAAUGGAACUCUCACAAACUUUGAAUCAAUUUCUAUCCGAAACAAUUGAUCAUGAUUCAGCGGCAGGAUUAGUUUUGACUGUUUUGGGGUCAGCAAUGGCUCUACUACGUCGUUAUCGUGUAAAUGCUGCCUUGACUAUACAAUUAUUCUCCCAGUUAUUUCAUUAUAUCAAUGCUAUAUGCUUUAAUACAAUUGUAUCCAAUUCUCAUAUGUGUACAGCUGAAUGGGGAAAACUUCUAACUGAACGUUUACAAUUGUUAGAAAUGUGGGCAGAACGUCAAGGACUUGAAUUGGCAGCCGAUUGUCAUUUGGCUAAAAUCAAUCAAUGUGCUCAAUUUUUGCAAUCUCCAAAGUCAUCUAUAGAAGAAAUUCAAAAAUUAACAUGUUCAUGUUUUCGUUUGAAUUCUCUUCAAAUUGCUGCACUCUUACAACAAGAGAAAAUACCACGUAAUUUAGUUGAUUCGGUAAUAAGAAUGGCCGAAUCAGUAGCUGAUGAACUAACACGUGCUGAUAGUAGAGAAGUUAGAUUGGAGGAAUCUCCCGAACUACAUUUGGUACUUUUGUUGCCAGAUGAUGGUUUUAGUUGUGACGUAGUUAGGGGUAUACCUUCAGGUCUGCUUGAUUUUUUAAAUCCACUACAAUCAGCCGGCAUAUGUCGUCUAGCUGCUCAACCCACAAGUAUAGGACUUUGGACUGUUUAUAUGCAUCAAUUUAAUGCACGUUCGCCGAGUGAAAUGUCAAGUAAAUUACCACAACCUGAAGUUCAGGUUAUAAAAUUGCAAAAGAAUUCAAAUGGCAUGGGUUUGUCAAUUGUUGCAGCUAAAGGAGCUGGUCAAGAGCAAUUGGGUAUUUAUAUAAAAAGUGUUGUGCCAGGUGGUGCAGCUGAUGCAGAUAAUAGAUUACAAGCUGGUGAUCAGUUGUUGAGAGUUGAUGGACAGAGUUUGGUGGGAAUUACACAAGAAAAAGCAGCAGAUUAUUUAGUACGUACUGGUCCUAUUGUCACAUUGGAGGUGGCUAAACAAGGGGCUAUUUAUCAUGGUUUGGCUACUUUACUUCAACAAUCGAGCCCAGUUGUUGAAAGAGGCAAUAGAUCACAAAAAGAAAAUUACAUGAUGGAUGGAAGUAAUGACCAGUUGGGUUCAAAACAUCCUCUAAGCAAAUCAGUGCCGAUUUUACAUCACCCCAACAAACCCAACUUUAAUUUUAAUUCAAAUUCCCGAUUGGCUCAGAGUUAUUCCAAUAAUGAACAAGGUUUUUACCAGAAUUUAAGCGCUUAUCGUGUUCAAAAUCAAAGCCAACCUGGUAUUGCGGAAAGACCACCGACAGAUUCUAGAAAUUCGUUGACUUCGAACUUUUCAAAACCCCCAAUGCAACAGCUUACUUUACCCAACUCAAGCCAGCAGCAACAACAACAACAACAACAACUUUUGUCAAAUCCAAAUAACAUGAUGAAUCGUCCAGCAUCGGCUUAUUAUCAAGGCAGCACUUAUGCAAAUUAUAUGGAAAAUACCAAUAAUCCACCUAAACUAGUGACCAAUCCAAUUAUGAUGUCAAAUGAUAAUCUUGGCCAGAGCAUAAAGAGUCCUCCACAAAACUUUAGCCGAGAAGUUCACUCCCAAAACAGUUUGCGAAUGAAUCAAAUGCUAGCACCAUCAAUGCCCAAUAUUUCCGAUGCUCGUACAACAUCGAUAUCGCCACAUAUUUACAAUACCGGAAUGUUAUCCAGUCAAAGUAUGCAAAAUGUUGCAAUGAUAAAUCAAGCAUCGAAUUUAGCAGAUACACAACAUUCACAACAGCAACAACAACGAUUUCCUCAGAGCCAACAACAAUUGCAGCAAAAAAAUCCAAACCGUUUCCAGCCGCCUUCAACUGGUGACAAGCCAAUAAGAUCUAACCAUCGAACAGAUGCGAUGCAUGAAAUGUCAUCAAAUCAAACACUUUCCAAUAGUAACCAAAAAAAUAUUCCACAACAACAAGAGCAACAGUAUUCUCCCAAUGCACCUUUAACACUUCCCAAACCGAGUGGAAGUAAAUACAAUUUGAGUGCCUUUUCGAUAGCAUCGUCUAGGCAGCAGCAACUUCAGUCGAAUAUUCCAAAUUCUCAACAGCAAAAUAUGCAUGCCCCACAUCAAAAUUACCAACAACAGCAGCAGCAACAACAACCAGUUGUAGAUGAGAAACCUCCACUCCCUCCCACAACUACACAUCCUCUCUUCAAAGACAAUUCUCAAACUUCUCAAGGCUUGAAAUCUGUUGUAAAUUCUACAGAACCACCACAAAGAGGCAGCUACUAUCCAACAAAUGCAGCUUCCCAAAGUUAUCAGGGACAUUUUGCUGCUGCAGCAUCCAAUCCAUGGGAGCGUGAAGAAAGAGAAAAAGAACAAGAGAUACGUCGAGAACAGAUCAGAAUGUGGAGAGAUAAACAAAUUACAAAUUUGUCAAAUCUAACUCAUCGAUAUCCUCAACAAGAGGAACAGCUUAAAACGUUAGUUCUUGAAAGAGAAUUUGAACGAAGAGCCCACGAAGCCGAAGAACAAGAAGAUGAUAGUGAACCAUCUUUUGAUAAAGAAAAUGACGAAGAAGAAAAGUUUCGAAUACAACCAAGUUCAAUACAAUUAUCGAAUACCGACUUCCGUCGGACACAACAACACUCUGAAAUUGAACAGGAUACAGGUUUCAUGGAGAACAAAGAUCCUGGUAAUAAAGUUAAAAUUCUAAAAAAUGAUACCCAGGCUCCACCACUUUUACAAAGCCGGCCUCCCACCAUUGUCCAGCCAAAAGGUAUACUGAAAAACAAUCGUUAUGAUAGUUCGAAUUUAUCGAUAACAUCUUCAUCUACAUUGCCUUCAAAACCGAAUAAGAUGAUUUUGGAUGAAAGUCAGAAUAAUGUAGAAACUUCAAUGAAAGGCAUAUCCAAAAAUAUGUCAAAUCUUACUUUGGACUCAGAUAUGAAUCCAACUAGUAUGGAUCAUUUAAUUACUGGUGACCAUCUCUCACAUUCCCCAAAUAAACAACAACUUCCCAUUCGUACAAUGUCGCCUCCGUCACCACCUGAACGUAAUAUUUCAUAUAUUGUUAUGUCGCAAAAACAACAACAGCAACAACAACAAUCGAAUAAUAAUACAAUUUCUUCGAAAAAUGUUUUUCCAUCUCAACAACAACAACAAUUAUCAGAACAUCCACAACAACAUAAUCAAUAUAUUAAUAAAGCUUUCUUAAAAAAUAUGCCAUCGGAGAGCUUAAUCGACACACCACCAUCAUCACACCACAACACACUUUCAUCGAAUUCCAAUAAUAGUCUUUUAAUUCUUGGACGUGAUAUUAAACGAGUAUCAUUCCAUGAUGAAGAAAAUAAUUAUCUCCCAUUCCAACAAACACCACAAGUAUUUGCAAAUGAACCGAGUUCUAGUAGCAAUGAUAAAAUUGAUAUGCAUUCAGUCUUCCAAAUUCCAAGUGGUGUUGGUGACUUGUCUGAUGUGUCCAUGUCCAUGUCCAAUAAUGAAAUUUUACAAUCACCCCAGACACCUGAAGCAGCUGAUUCAUGGAAUUUGACAAUUAAAUCGACACCGGGCGUGAUAGGGGCUCAAGAAGUGUACAGAGAUCCACGUCAAAGACGUCUGGCAGAACAACAACAUGAAAAGGAGCAGCAACGUUCAAGUGAUUCCGUCCCUGAGAAAUUAUCUUUUAAAGAGAAAAUGAAAAUGUUUGCUCUCGAAUCUGGCGAAGAUCAAACACCUAAGGAUAAAUUGAAGAUAUCAAGUGCCCAAAGGGUUAUUGAUGCUGCUCAUUAAUUUUUAAAAAAUAAAGUUAUUGUUUUUUUUUUUUUGACAUACACACAUACAGCAUUCAACUUUACACAUAAUCAUUAUUUUUUUUUUAUUAAUUAAACAAGUUAUAAAUACAAGUUA